UGGAAUAACAGAUCAAGGGUGGGACUUAUUCCGACUCAUCCCGCAACCAAAUGGAGCUUUGAAGAACUAACUAGGAAUUCGGAGAGCCAUUCCCUCACUAUAAUUCCGUGAUCAAAGAGUCGGAGUCGGAGUCCAAGAGACCAGAUUGAACCUCACCCAUUUAUGUUGAAAUAUUCUUCCGUCUCAUCGCUUCUUUCAGGGUGGGAGAGGGGAGGAGAAAUGGCGAAGACCGGGCAGCUUGGGUGCGAGGCGGCGGUGGGUUCUUUGACGCCGGCGAAGAAGAAGGAGUACAAGGUGAGCAACCGCCUUCACGAGGGCAAGCGCCCCCUCUACGCCAUCUCCUUCAACUUCAUCGACGCCCGCUACUACGACGUUUUCGCCACCGUCGGCGGCAACCGAGUAACUGUUUAUCGCUGCCUCGAACAGGGUCUCAUUGCUGUGCUGCAAGCAUAUGUCGAUGAGGAUAAGGAUGAGUCAUUUUAUACUUUGAGUUGGGCUUGUGAUCUUGAUGGGACUCCACUUUUAGUGGCGGGUGGAAGCAAUGGGAUUAUUCGUGUCAUCAAUGCUGGCACUGAGAAGAUACAUAAGGUUAGUUUUGUUGGCCAUGGGGAUUCGGUAAAUGAAAUAAGGACUCAACCAUUGAAGCCUUCGCUUGUGGUGUCUGCCAGCAAGGAUGAAUCAGUUAGGCUGUGGAAUGUGCACACUGGAAUCUGUAUACUGAUAUUUGCUGGGGCAGGAGGUCAUCGGAAUGAAGUUUUGAGUGUUGAUUUUCAUCCCUCUGAUAUUUAUCGCAUUGCAAGUUGUGGUAUGGAUAAUACUGUUAAAAUUUGGUCGAUGAAAGAGUUCUGGACAUAUGUUGAAAAGUCAUUUACAUGGACUGACCUUCCAUCAAAAUUUCCUACAAAAUAUGUGCAGUUUCCAGUGUUCAUAGCUUCAGUCCACUCCAACUAUGUUGACUGCACCAGGUGGCUUGGUGAUUUUGUCUUGUCAAAGAGUGUUGACAAUGAAAUUGUUUUGUGGGAGCCAAAAACCAAGGAACAAAGUCCUGGAGAGGGAGCUGUUGAUAUUCUUCAAAAAUACCCUGUGCCUGAAUGUGAUAUCUGGUUCAUCAAGUUUUCAUGUGAUUUUCACUACAAUGCAGCUGCAAUAGGAAAUCGGGAAGGCAAGAUUUAUGUUUGGGAGCUUCAGUCCAGCCCCCCUGUUCUCAUAGCAAGGCUAGCUCAUGCUCAAUGUAAAUCUCCAAUAAGGCAGACAGCACUGUCCUUUGAUGGAAGCACCAUCCUUAGCUGUUGUGAGGAUGGCUCGAUAUGGCGCUGGGAUGUAGUUCAAUCAUGAUGUGACCCUUUAAUUUGGAGCUUGUAACUUGGAAGAAAGUCUCAUGCUGUGGUUCUAUCACAUAUGGCCAUGCAACCCAGGAAAGUAGCCACAUUAACUUAUCAUUGCGCCGCUCCGCUACCCGUGCAGGUCCUGCUUCAACUUGAUGGUCGCUUGUUGGUACUUGUACAACAGGAUUGCGGUAUCUAAAGGAUGCAGAAGUGUCUGCACUGCUUGGAUCAGACUUUCGUCUCCAGAAUGCCCCAUUUUUUCUUUAUUUUUGUGCUUCCUGUGUUCUUGUAGCCUUCUACUCUUAUACUCAAUGUUAUGGUGCGGCUAUGGGAGCCUAGACGUAUUCCUCCGUAGUCUAAUUUUAAAAUUUAAACUUAUUGAUCAGCGAUAAUCACCUUAUCCCAAAUCUGGAUGUAUAAUAGAGGCAUUAUGAAUUUGCUAUGGAUUUAAUGGUUCCUUUUUAAGAUGUUGUACAUAUUAUUGAAAUUUCUUUAGUA